GAGUGGCUCAGGAUUUGCUCUGCGUUUCUGAACAAUUUCUCUGCCAGCAGCAGCAGCAUGAGGACCUGUCCGCUAAGAAGCUGCGGCUGACCAAGCCCAGCAAGUCAGCGGCACUCCAUGUCGACCUGUGCAAAGCCACCUCGCCCGCAGAUGCCUUGCAGUACCUGCUCCAGUUUGCCAGGAAGCCUGUGGAAGUGGAGAGCGUGGAAGGGGUUGUCAGGAUCCUCCUGGAGCAUUAUUACAAGGAGAACGAUGCCUCUGUAAGACUGAAGAUUGCUUCCUUGCUGGGCUUGUUAUCGAAGACUGCGGGAUUUUCUCCAGACUGCAUUGUGGAUGAUGCCAUUAACACGCUUCAGAAUGAGAAGUCUCACCAAGUUCUUGCUCAGCUGCUGGACACCCUGUUGGUGAUUGGCACAAAACUCACAGAGAAUCCAUCUGUCAGGAUGAGGCUGGUAGAGGUAGCCUGCAAGCAUCUGACAGAUUCUUCCCAUGGUGUAAGAAAUAAGUGUCUUCAGUUAAUCGGCUGUCUUGGACCAGUGGAAAAAGGUGUUGCAAAAGAAGUUGAAAGCCAGGCUGCCAAAGAUGUCCAGAAGAUAAUAGGAGAUCAUUUUAAUGACCAGGACCCUCGUGUUAGGACUGCAGCUAUAAAAGCCAUGCUGCAGCUUCAUGAAAGAGGAUUAAAAUUACAGCAGGCUAUUUACAGUCAGGCCUGCAAACUGUUGGCAGAUGAUUACGAGCAAGUGCGCAGCGCUGCAGUUCAGCUCAUUUGGGUCCUCAGUCAACUUUACCCUGAAAGCAUCGUCCCCAUUCCUUCUUCUAAUGAGGAAAUUCGCUUGGUUGAUGAUGCAUUUGGAAAAAUUUGUCAUAUGGUUAGUGAUGGUUCCUGGGUUGUUAGAGUACAAGCUGCUAAGUUAUUGGGUUCUAUGCAACAAGUUAGCUCCCAUUUCUUAGAGCAGACCCUUGACAAGAAGCUCAUGUCAGAUCUGAGGAGGAAGCGCACUGCACAUGAACGUGCCAAAGAACUCUACAGCUCUGGGGAGUUUUCAAGUGGCAGAAAAUGGGGAGAUGAUGCUCCCAAAGAAGAAAUUGAUACAGGUGCUGUAAACUUGAUUGAAUCAGGAGCUUGUGGAGCCUUUGUUCAUGGCCUGGAAGAUGAGAUGUAUGAGGUUCGGAUCUCUGCGGUUGAAGCUCUCUGUAUGUUGGCUCAGUCCUCACCUUCUUUUGCGGAGAAGUGCCUGGAUUUUUUGGUUGACAUGUUUAAUGAUGAAAUUGAGGAGGUGAGAUUGCAGUCAAUACACACCAUGAGAAAAAUUUCCAACAACAUCACGCUGCGGGAAGACCAGCUGGAUACUGUGUUAGCCGUCUUGGAGGAUUCUUCAAGGGACAUUCGGGAAGCACUUCAUGAACUGUUGUGUUGCACCAAUGUCUCGACUAAAGAAGGCAUCCAUCUUGCACUGGUGGAGCUGCUGAAGAACCUAACUAAAUAUCCCACAGACAGAGAAUCCAUAUGGAAAUGCUUGAAGUUCUUGGGCAGCAGGCAUCCCACUUUGGUGCUGCCGUUAGUCCCGGAGCUGCUGAGCACACAUCCGUUCUUUGACACUCCAGAACCAGACAUGGACGACCCAGCCUACAUUGCUGUUCUGGUUCUGAUUUUUAACGCUGCUAAAAGUUGCCCAACAAUGCCUGCCCUGUUCUCGGAUCAUACAUUCAGACAUUACGCCUAUCUUCGGGACAGUCUCUCUCAUCUGGUCCCUCCAUUAAGAUUGCCAGGUAGAAAGCUGGUGUCCUCCCCAGUCUCUCCCAGUAUUACACCGCAUGAAGAUCCUUCCCAGCAGUUCUUGCAUCAAAGCCUGGAGAGAGUUUACAACCUGCAGCACCUUGACCCGCAGGGCAUACAGGAGCUGCUGGAAUUUACCAUCCGUGAUCUUCAGAGGCUUGGAGAGCUGCAGUCAGAACUGGCAGGGAUGGCAGAUUUCACUGCAACUUACCUUCAGUGUCAGCUGCUCCUCAUCAAGGCUUUGCAGGAGAAGUUGUGGAACGUGGCAGCUCCUCUGUACCUGAAACAGAAUGCGUUAGCAUCCGCUGCAGCAAAACAGAUCUUGGAAGAAACUUAUAAAAUGGAGUUCAUGUACAGCAGUGUGGAAAGCAGACAAGUGGUCAUUAUUCACCACAUGAGACUGCAGGCGAAGGCAUUACAGCUUAUUGUCACUGCGCGUACCACUAGAGGAGUGGAACCCCUUUUUGGAAUGUGUGAAAAAUUCCUCCAGGAAGUGGAUUCCUUUCAGAGAUGUUUCAUCUCUGAGCUCCCCCAUAUGCAAGGCAGUUUUGUAGAUAAAUUGCUGGACUUAAUGCCCAGACUUGUGACAUCCAAGCCGUCGGAAGUGGUCAAGAUUCUUCAGACAACACUGCGACAAAGUACCUUCCUCCACCUUCCUCUUCCAGAGCAGCUCCAUAGAGCUACUGCAAAUAUCAUUGAGCCUACCGGUGAAUCUGAUAACCCUCUGAGGUUUACAUCGGGGUUGGUAGUGGCACUGGAUGUUGACGCAACUCUGGAACACGUGCAGGAUCCCCAGGGAACCGUUAAAGUUCAGGUGUUGUAUCCAGAUGGACAAGCACAACUAAUCCAUCCUAAACCAGCUGACUUUCGAAAUCCUGGUCCUGGAAGGCACAGGCUGAUAACUCAGGUUUACCUCUCCCACACAGCCUGGACAGAGCCAUGUCAGAUUGAAGUGCGGUUGCUGCUGGCCUACAAUUCCAACAGGAGCAAAGCAUCUGCUAAAAUUCCUAAAUCUUCCUGGAACGAGAGCUUGGAGGCUCUCCCGCAAUCCGAAAAUGGCAUAGAGGGGACCAUACCCUUCAGCAAACCUGUCAAAGUUUAUAUCAUGCCCAAACCUGCCAGACGGUGAAGUCUUAUCGCUAAAAUAAAUAUAUUUAUGGGAUUGUUUGGUUACAUGAAAACAAUAGACUGUGUUCCAAGAUGGUGAA